GUCUCGUGGCCACUGCUUCUUCAGGUUUACCCACGCGCGGUCCAGCCUCGCGCCCACGCUGUGAGACGGAGCAGUUCAAAGCUUCCCUCCUGUCUGUCCCUAAAUAACUGUCCGCUCUGCUGCUGCUGGACGGAGAUGACAGAGCAGCUGUAGCUCCACAGUCUGCAGACCAUUUACAGACCACCCAGCAGAGACCAUGAAGACCAUCCUGGCUGCCUACUCUGGAGUCCUUAAAGGCACGGGCUCCAGCAUCCUGUCCUCCCUGCAGGACGUGCCGUCAGCGCUGUGGCCCUGCAGCUCCAAGAUGGAAAAGCAUCUGCAGGUCAUCUCUGUGCUGCAGUGGGUCGUCUCCUUCUUAGCCAUGGGUAUUGCCUGCACCCUGCUGUUGAUCUAUAUGUUCUGCACAGAUUGCUGGUUAAUUGCUGCCCUUUACACCGCCUGGUUAAUUGUUGACUGGAACACCCCGAAACAAGGUGGUAGGAGGUCUUCAUGGGUGAGAAACUGGACAGUAUGGACAUAUUUCCGAGACUAUUUCCCCAUCCGGCUCAUCAAAACCCAUGAUCUGCUUCCCAGCCGGAACUACAUACUGGGCUACCAUCCCCACGGUAUCUUCUGCUUUGGGGCUUUCUGCAACUUUGGUACAGAGGCUACGGGAUUCUCUAAGAAAUUCCCGGGGAUCAAACCCUCCCUGGCAACCCUGGCAGGAAACUUCCGCCUGCCCGUCCUUCGGGACUACCUGAUGUCUGGAGGUAUCUGCCCAGUGAACAGGCACUCCAUCGACUACCUGCUGUCCUGCAACGGGACGGGAAACGCUGUAGUGAUUGUAGUCGGAGGAGCAGCGGAGUCUCUGCACUGUGCACCGGGCAUAAAUUCUGUCACCCUAAAGAACCGCAAAGGCUUUGUAAGGCUGGCCCUGCAGAAAGGGUCCGACCUGGUUCCAGUGUAUUCUUUCGGAGAGAAUGACGCCUACAGGCAGGUGAUCUUUGAGGAGGGGACCUGCUGGAGAGCCCUGCAGAAACGUUUGCAGAAGAUCUUGGGUUUUGCCCCUUGCCUUUUCUACGGCAGCGCCUGGGGAAUCGUGCCUUUUGGAAAUCCUAUCACAACCAUAGUGGGGGAGCCAAUCACGGUGCCUAAAAUUGAGGACCCGACAGAGGAGAUGGUGGAUCUGUACCAUGGAAUGUACAUCAGGUCGCUCCAGUGCAUUUUUGACAAGUACAAAACCCGCUUUGGCCUGAAGGAGAGCGACAUCCUGCACAUCCAGUGAGAGGACCAGGAGCAGAGCUUCUCUCCUCCCGCUGCCUCAGCCGUCCGGUUUACCUCUGGAGCAUGAAACCACACACCUGUAGACGUCUGCUGAAGAAAUCUCCGUCCACCGCAGUGUUCUCAAUGUCGGCUC